UCGCCGGCUAGACAAGGUACUGGGGAUCUUACUGGGGUCAUACUCAGGCUGGGGUCACUACCGCUGGCGCUAAAUGUGGCGCAAGGAAGUGCGCAAGGCACCUAAAGACCGCCUAAGUAAUACGUGGUCUUCAGGCAGCCGCAGCCGCUGAAGCGGUGCUCCCCUGAGACCUACCAUCGAUGCCCGCGCUUGAUCUGGAGUGCGCCGAAACGCAGCCCCCACGCGGUUGCUGCUCGGCGACGACCGGAUCAAGCUACUACAAGUACGGUCAACUCGGCGCGCCUGUCGAGUACAGACCACCACUCCUGCGGGGUAAACCCGAAAUUCCGUGGCAAAGGUACGUAGACGCGUCAGCGGCUCGGGAGGCGUGGUCUAAACGCGACAGUCGGCGUGCCACGGUGAUCGUCUUGCGUCGCGAGAGACCGAUUUGGAGCUCUGGGGCUGUGGGCAAAUUCGACCCCAGAGAAGCCACAGUCCGAGCUGCCCUACGAUAUUAAACGCUGCGAGGCCCUCAGUGCGAUAUCGGGGCCGGCAUCUACGCGCGUCGCACCCCGCCGUGGCAUUUUCGGUAGGUCGCAAGCAUACAUGUCAUUUUUAAGCGAGGUCUAGUUCAACAAUCUGGCCCGCCGGGUCGCUUUAUUUAUUU